AUGUCCCAUCGAAGUGGUCAAGAGGACCCAGAGCGGUACCUGUUUGUGGAUCGUGCUGUGGUUUACAACCCAGCCACACAGGCUGACUGGACAGCCAAGAAACUGGUUUGGGUUCCAUCAGAGCGCCAUGGUUUUGAGGGUGCCAGUAUCCGUGAGGAGCGCGGCGAGGAGGUGGUGGUGGAGUUGGCUGAAAAUGGUAAAAAGGUGGUCGUAAACAAGGAUGACAUCCAGAAGAUGAAUCCUCCCAAGUUCAGCAAGGUGGAGGACAUGGCUGAGCUCACCUGCCUGAAUGAGGCAUCUGUGCUGCACAAUUUGAAGGACCGCUAUUACUCCGGACUCAUAUAUACAUAUUCUGGCCUGUUCUGUGUGGUCAUCAACCCCUACAAAAACUUGCCAAUUUAUUCAGAGAACAUCAUUGAGAUGUACCGGGGGAAGAAGAGACACGAGAUGCCGCCUCACAUCUACGCCAUCUCGGAAUCGGCGUACCGCUGUAUGCUUCAAGAUCGUGAGGACCAAUCAAUCCUUUGCACAGGUGAAUCAGGCGCUGGAAAGACGGAGAAUACAAAGAAAGUGAUCCAGUACCUGGCCCAUGUUGCCUCCUCGCACAAAGGACGCAAAGACCACAACAUUCCACCAGAAUCUCCCAAAGCAUUCAAGCUACAGGCAAGUGCAUCUACCGCUAUCUCAAUUAUGUUAUCAUUUGGUGAGCUGGAACGCCAGCUCCUUCAGGCUAACCCAAUACUGGAAUCAUUUGGUAAUGCCAAGACAGUGAAAAAUGACAACUCCUCUCGCUUUGGCAAGUUCAUCCGAAUCAAUUUUGACGUUGCGGGCUACAUUGUUGGGGCCAAUAUUGAAACCUACCUUCUGGAGAAGUCACGGGCAAUCAGACAGGCCAAAGAUGAGAGAACUUUCCACAUUUUCUACCGCUUGCUGGCAGGAGCCGGAGAGCAUCUCAAAACGGACCUGCUCCUCGAGGGUUUUAACAACUACAGAUUCCUGUCAAAUGGUAACAUUCCUAUUCCUGGCCAGCAGGACAAAGAAAAUUUCCAGGAGACUCUAGAGGCCAUGCAUAUCAUGAGUUUCUCCCACGAUGAGAUUGUUUGCAUGUUGAAGGUCGUCUCAGCAGUGUUGCAAUUUGGCAAUAUUGUUUUCAAGAAAGAGAGAAAUACUGAUCAAGCCUCCAUGCCAGAAAAUACAGCGGCACAGAAGCUUUGCCAUCUGCUUGGAAUGAACGUUAUGGAGUUCACAAGAGCUAUCCUCACUCCGAGAAUAAAAGUAGGACGAGACUAUGUACAGAAAGCGCAAACCAAGGAGCAAGCUGACUUUGCUGUAGAAGCUCUGGCAAAAGCUACAUAUGAACGACUGUUUCGUUGGUUGGUCCAUCGCAUCAACAAGGCCCUUGACAGGACUAAACGCCAGGGUGCAUCUUUCAUCGGCAUUCUGGAUAUCGCUGGGUUUGAGAUUUUUGAGCUGAACUCAUUUGAGCAGUUGUGCAUCAACUAUACCAACGAGAAGCUGCAGCAGCUGUUCAACCACACCAUGUUCAUCCUAGAGCAAGAAGAGUACCAAAGGGAAGGCAUAGAGUGGAGCUUCAUCGACUUCGGCCUUGAUCUGCAGCCUUGUAUCGAACUCAUCGAGAGGCCGAAUAACCCACCUGGUAUUCUGGCUUUGUUGGAUGAAGAGUGCUGGUUUCCCAAAGCUACAGACAAGACAUUUGUGGACAAAGUUCUUCAGGAGCAAGGCACUCACACUAAGUUCCAAAAACCACGGCAACUCAAGGACAAAGCUGACUUUUGCAUCAUCCACUACGCAGGGAGGGUGGACUAUAAAGCUGAUGAAUGGCUUAUGAAGAACAUGGAUCCACUGAAUGACAACGUGGCCACGCUGCUGCAUCAGUCCACUGACAAGUUUGUGGCUGAACUUUGGAAAGAUGACAUUCAGACCUUUCAGAGAGCCUCUUUCUAUGACAAUGUGUCUGAGCUCCAUAAAGCUCCAGGUGAACUGGACCGAAUCGUGGGCCUUGAUCAAGUUGCUGGCAUGAAUGAGACUGCAUUCGGCGCCGCAUACAAGACUAAGAAGGGCAUGUUCCGCACCGUGGGCCAACUGUACAAGGAGCAGCUGUCUAAACUGAUGGCCACAUUGAGGAACACUAAUCCUAAUUUCGUCCGCUGCAUCAUCCCUAACCAUGAGAAACGGGCUGGUAAACUAGAUCCUCACCUUGUUCUGGACCAGUUAAGAUGUAACGGUGUCCUGGAAGGGAUCCGUAUCUGCAGACAAGGUUUCCCCAACCGCAUUGUCUUCCAAGAGUUCAGACAGAGAUAUGAGAUUCUCACUCCUAAUGCAAUUCCCAAAGGCUUUAUGGACGGCAAGCAGGCCUGCGAGAGAAUGAUCAAAUCCCUGGAGCUUGACAACAACUUGUUUCGAAUCGGCCAGAGUAAAAUCUUCUUUAGAGCAGGCGUCUUGGCGCAUUUGGAGGAAGAAAGGGACCUGAAGAUCACAGACAUAAUUAUUUACUUCCAGGCCACUUGUCGGGGAUAUCUGGCACGCAAAGCCUUUGCCAAGAAACAACAGCAGCUCAGUGCACUGAAGGUUCUCCAAAGAAACUGUGCCGCAUACCUGAAACUGCGUCACUGGCAGUGGUGGAGACUCUUCACUAAGGUGAAGCCCUUGCUGCAGGUGACCAGACAAGAGGAAGAAAUGCAGGCUAAAGAUGAGGAGCUAGUCAAGGUGAAGGAGAAGCAAACAAAAGUGGAGGGACAGCUGGUGGAGAUGGAACGAAAACACCAGCAGCUAAUGGAGGAGAAAGGCAUCCUAGCAGAGCAGCUGCAGGCAGAGACUGAGCUGUUUGCAGAGGCUGAGGAGAUGAGAGCUCGCCUGGCUACCAAGAAACAAGAGUUGGAGGAGAUCCUUCAUGACCUGGAGUCCAGACUGGAAGAGGAAGAGGAGAGGGCUCAGGGCAUGGUCAAUGAGAAGAAGAAGAUGCAAUCCCAUAUUCAGGACCUGGAGGAACAGCUGGAUGAGGAGGAAGCUGCUAGGCAAAAGCUGCAGCUUGAGAAAGUAACAGCUGAGGCCAAAAUGAAGAAAUAUGAAGAGGAUAUUUUACUGCUAGAAGACCAAAACACCAAGUUUGUCAAGGAAAAAAAGUCGCUGGAAGAUCGAAUAAAUGAGAUGACCAUUUUCCUUGCUGAGGAGGAAGAGAAGGCUAAAAACCUGGGAAAGGUCAAGAACAAGCAAGAGAUCAUGAUGGUCGACUUGGACGAGAGGCUUAAGAAGGAGGAAAAGACCCGUCAGGAGCUGGAGAAGGCCAAGAGGAAGCUGGAAGGGGAAACAUCUGACUAUCAGGACCAAUUAGCUGAGCUCCAGGCCCAGAUAGAGGAGUUUAAAACUCAGAUUGUCAAGAAAGAGGACGAGCAACUGUUACUUCAAACGAGGGGUGAAGAUGAGGUCAACCAAAAGAACAAUGCUCUGAAGCAAGUGCGAGAGCUUCAAGCCCAGCUGGCUGAGUUGCAGGAGGACAUGGAGUUGGAAAAACAGGCCAGGAACAAGGCUGAGAAGCUCAAGAGAGAUUUGAGUGAAGAACUGGAGGCCCUAAAGACAGAACUGGAGGACACCCUGGAUACAACCGCUGCCCAGCAGGAGCUGAGAACCAAGCGAGAGCAAGAAGUUGCAGAACUGAAGAAGGCAAUCGAUGAGGAGACAAAAAACCACGAGGCUCAAAUACAGGAUAUGCGACAGAGACAUAGCAUUGCUUUAGAAGAGCUCUCAGAGCAGCUCGAACAGGCGAAGAGGUUCAAAGCUAACUUGGAGAAGACCAAACAGACCCAGGAGAGUGCAAACAAGGAAAUGGCCAAUGAGAUCAAAAGCCUUCAACAGGCAAAGACUGAGUCCGAACACAAGAGGAAGAAACUGGAGUCUCAGCUACAGGAGGUGAUGGCCAGAAACACUGAGGGCGAGCGGUCCAAGGGCGAGUUGGCUGAACGUGUGCACAAACUGCAGACUGAACUCGACAAUGUGUCGGCCAUGCUGGAAGAUGCAGAAAGAAAAGGCAUCAAGAUGACAAAAGAGGUUUCUGGAUUAGAAAGUCAGCUCCAAGACUCACAGGAGCUCCUCCAGGAAGAGACUCGUCAGAAACUGAACCUCAGUAGCCGCUUGCGGCAGUUAGAGGAGGAAAAGAACGCUCUCCAGGAGCAACAAGAGGAAGAUGAAGUGGCCCGCAAAAAUGUGGAGAAACAGUUGUUAACCUUACAGGCUCAGCUGUUGGAGAGCAAGAAGAAGGUGGAGGAUGAUGUGGGGACAAUCGACGGCCUGGAAGAGGCAAAGAAGAAACUACAAAAGGACCUGGAGAUUUCAGGCCAGCGUCUGGAGGAAAAGACCAUCGCUUUUGAGAAAAUGGAGAAGACAAAGACCCGUCUGCAGCAGGAGCUGGAUGACCUAACUGUUGACUUGGAUCAUCAGAGGCAGAGUGUGUCCAACCUUGAGAAGAAACAGAAGAAGUUUGACCAAAUGUUGGCCGAGGAGAAGAGCAUUUCUGCCCGCUACGCUGAAGAGCGUGACCGGGCGGAAGCUGAGGCCAGGGAGAAAGAGACUAAAGCUCUGUCCAUGACCAGAGCUCUGGAUGAAGCUCUGGAGGCCAAAGAGGAGCUGGAGAGGGUCAACAAGCAACUCCGUGGUGAAAUGGAAGAUCUCAUGAAUUCGAAGGAUGACGUGGGCAAGAAUGUUCACGAGCUGGAGAAAUCCAAGCGUACUCUAGAGCAGCAGCUGGAGGAGAUGAAGACUCAACUUGAGGAGCUGGAGGAUGAGCUGCAGGCCACCGAGGAUGCUAAGUUGCGGCUAGAAGUCAACAUGCAGGCCAUGAAGGCUCAAUAUGAGCGAGAUCUUCAGGGCCGUGACGACCAGAACGAUGAAAAAAAGAGAGCCCUCAUCAAGCAGGUCCGAGAGAUGGAGGCAGAACUGGAGGACGAGAGGAAGCAGAAAGGCUUGGCCAUUGCCGCUAAGAAGAAGCUGGAAAUGGAUUUGAAGGACGUGGAGGGUCAGAUAGAAGGUGCCAGCAAAGGCCGAGAUGAAGCCAUCAAACAACUUCGCAAGUUACAGGCCCAAAUGAAGGACUAUCAGAGGGAACUGGAAGAUGCCAGGGCAUCCAGAGAUGAUAUUUUUGCCUUAUCUAAGGAAAAUGAGAAGAAACUCAAGAGUCUAGAGGCUGAAAUUGUGCAACUGCAUGAGGACCUGGCAGCAUCAGAGAGAGGACGACGUCACGCUGAGCAAGAAAGAGAUGAGUUGCAAGAUGAAAUCUCCAACAGCACAUCUGGGAAAACCGCUCUGAUGGAAGAAAAGAGAAGGCUGGAAGCUCGUAUCGCUCAGCUUGAGGAAGAGCUAGAAGAAGAGCAAGGCAACAUGGAGCUACUUAACGACCGCUUCAGAAAGACCACUAUGCAGGUGGACACGCUGACCACAGAGCUGAGCGCAGAACGGAGCGUGUCACAAAAGAGUGAAAAUGCCCGGCAGCAGCUGGAACGUCAAAAUAAGGAGCUGCGAGCCAAGCUGGGCGAGCUGGAAGGUUCUGUAAAGAGUCGCUUCAAGGCCUCCAUUACAGCGCUGGAGGCCAAGAUAGCACAACUGGAGGAACAGCUAGAGCAGGAAGCCAAGGAGCGGGCAGCUGCUAACAAGUUAGUUAGGAGGACGGAGAAGAAGCUGAAAGAGAUAUGCAUGCAGGUGGAGGACGAACGACGCCAUGCCGACCAGUUUAAAGAACAAUUGGAAAAAGCAAACUCGCGUAUGAAGCAACUGAAGCGUCAGCUGGAGGAGGCCGAAGAGGAGGCCACAAGGGCCAAUGCGUCACGCAGAAAGCUGCAGCGAGAACUGGAUGACGCCACCGAGGCCAGCGAGGGUCUCAGCCGGGAAGUCCACACGCUCAAAAACCGCCUUCGGCGCGGCGGCCCCAUCAGUUUCUCCUCCAGUCGCUCAGGCAGACGUCAGUUGCCAGUAGAGGGCUCAUCCUUGGACCUCCUGUCUGAUGACGAGCUGGAAAAUAAGGUGACUGACAACAACGCCAAUGAGACACCCACUCCCCAGCCGGAAUAG